AUGACCUCUGAAGCUGAACCCAACGAGAUUGGUCAGGAGCUAGACUAUGAGAUUGAGGACCUUCAAAGCCAAAUUGCUACUUUGAAAAGACAUCUCAAGAUCCAUGCCACUACCAUUCUGUCCGCCGACUCGACCCGCCAACUCCUCCUCCGCCACCGCGAAACCCUAGAAGAAGACUCCCUUUUCGUCUCAAGCGAGACAAGUUCCGCUGUGCACGAUAAAGUCCUCUCUCGAAUCGAUGCCCAGCAUGCCCACGACCAGCAGUGUCUGUAUCGGACCGGGGCCGCCGUCACCACCUUCAAGGUCCGCGACCCGGACCCCAACGCCGUCGACAACGGGAGUGUCCUCGGCCUCCGCUUCGAGGUCAUGUCCAAGACCCGCUUCCUCCGUCCUUACUACGUCAUGCUGAACCGCCCGUAUCCCGAGUCGCGCCAUCUCCGCGUCCACAGGCACACCGUCCCUCCCUGCAUCCCCUUGCCCGGGCUCGCGGCCAGGUACCUGCCUGCGCCUUCACCCCCGGAUGCGACCCAUCAGGCGAAACAGGACCUUUUGCGCUUUGUGCGCCAUGUAAGGAGGGAAAUUGUACGCUAUCACAACCGCGCUGCCGUGAUCGGUGACCUUGCCGAGGCCGCUGCGGCGGCGGCGGCACGAGGCGCGGCCGGUGGAGAUGAGGAGAGGGGACGAGAACGGAGGGAGGGAGACGAAGAAGAAGGAGACGAAGAAGGAGAAGGAGAAGGAGAAGAAGCUGGCGCUGGCACUCUCGUCGAUGUACGGGCUGCCGAUCCCCAGGCGAAACAGGUCUCCCUCGCCUGGGCAGAUGGCCGGACCGGCCGCCUGGUCAUGGACGACGAUGGUGGGGUCGAUAAGGUGGUGGUCUUCCGUUACGACGAGCAAGAUGGUGAGACGAGGAGGGAGCUGGUAACUGGCGAGGACCGCCGGCUCGAAGAUGUGGUCCGGCGGGUUGGUUGGAGCACGAAGACGAGGACGAGGACGACAUCCCGUCAGUCUCGAGCUGCGUCGUGA